AUGAUCCGCGUCGCCAAACCUAAGAACGCUCGAUCCAAGCGUGCUCUGGAAAAGCGUCAAGCUCGAGAAUACGAAGCAGCCAAAACUGCCAUCUUCGUCAAAGGCCCUCACUCAUCCCAACGACUCAAUGUCGCCCUUACCGAACUCAACCUUCUUAAAAAGCCCGACGGCAUUGCAUUCAGCAAGAAAAACGAAGCUCUUCCCUUCGAGGAUACCUCAUCGUUCGAGUUCUGGAGUUCGAAGAAUGAUGCAUCGCUGUUCAUGUUCGGAAACUCGCAAAAGAAGCGUCCCGACAACUUGACUUGGAUUCGAAUGUUUGAUGGACAAGUGUUGGAUAUGGUCGAAAUGGGUGUUGUCGAAGCCAAGUCGAUGAACGAGUUUAAAGGAGUAACUAGGCCAGGUGUUGGGAUGAGACCUUUGUUCCAUUUCAGUGGACCGCAGUUUACUGCGCCUACGGAUGCAACUACGAGUAUGACUGCAGGUGCGGAGGGGACAGAGCAUGACCCAACAGGUGCUUAUCAACAGUUUAAGAGUAUGCUGUUGGAUUUUUACAGGGGUGAGGAGUUGAAGACGAAUCAAAUUGCAUUGUCGGGAUUGCAACAUGUGAUUUCAGUUACUGCUGCUCCUGCGCCAGACCAGCGCAACGGAUCUUGUUCGUCAAACACAAACGGCAGCACGGGAGGUGGUGAGAGAUUGUCAGACUUAUACAAAGCAGCUGGUCUCACACCUAACGGGACUGUUGUGACGCCUUCAACAUCGUCCGUUGUUAUGUCGCCUGCCGGUACUCUUAUUCAUUUCCGCGUUUACACGGUGCAAUUGCUCGCUUCGGGGACAAAGAUUGCUAGGGUGGAAUUGCAAGAGUGCGGUCCAUCGUUCGAUUUCCAGCUGCGAAGACGUAGACCGGCUAGCAUCGAUAUGCUUAACCAGGCUCUGCGCAGACCUAAGACGCAGGCAGAGAAGAACAGACAGGGUAAGGAGGGUGUCAAGAAGAAUAUCGAGACGGAUGACAUGGGUGAUACUGUGGGUAGGAUCCAUGUGGGUAAGCAGGAUCUUAGUGGGUUGCAGACGAGGAAGAUGAAGGGUUUGAAAAAGCAUUUGGAUCCUACAGCUAGCAGUGGGGAGGAUGAUGACGAUGAUGACGAUGACGAUGAUGACGAUGACGAUGAUGACGAUGAGGAUGACGAGGACAUGUAUGGGGCCGAGGGAAGUGAUGACGAGGAGCUGGAGAUGGAUGACAUGACUACUAACAGCAAUGAGGAUGAGGAUGAGGAUGGUGAGGAGGAGGAUGACGAGGAGGAGGAAGAGGAGGUCGCUCCUGCGAAGAGGAGAAGGUCGUAG